AUGUUUCAGUGCUCGCAGUGCAACAAAUCUUAUCAGAGAAAGAGCCACUUGCUUCGACAUGAAACAACACAUACCGGCGCCUCCCAUUCAAGCUGCCCUUUCUGCAAUAAAUCCUUCUUGAAGAAGGAGGUUGCACGAAGGCAUAGUAAGAUAUGUGCCAAAAAGCACAACCAGCCUCCUCCGGCAGCAGCUAAACCCGGGAGGAAGAAGCAGUCCUGUGACGAAUGCUUCUUUGCGAAGACAGCCUGCGACAGGGCAUCACCAUGCUCUCGUUGCCAAUCCCUUGGGAAACAAUGUUCCUUUGAAGUCCAGACCCCUUCAACAGAGAACACUUACUCAAUGUCUCCAUCGCCCUCGCCAUCUCUCUCGCAGACUCCGCAAAGAAGAAACGACCCAUUUUUCUUCUUAGCACACUUCACUGAUCCCGCUGUUAAGCAAGACAAACUUGCAAUUGCAGAAACAGCCAAAUCUUCUACUAGAAGGCAUCUUGACCCGGCAUACUUCCGACAGGAAGAACCACUCUUGCCCCACGACUCCUUGUCGGCUUACAUGCCAGGCUUUUCAGGUGGUGAUCUAUUCCUUCAGCCUUUUUUCACCCCAACUGGGCAUCUUUCUAUGGAGUUUAUGCCUGAAAGUGCAUUAUCUUCAACGAUUUCCCACAGGCUCGGCGAGAUUAUGAUGAUUCUGGUCGAGACUUCGAAGUCUAUGGGCCAGGGCCAACAAGCCCAGCUCGAAAUGGCGGAACUAAACUCGCUUUUCACGACCUCCAACCUUUCGGUGUUUAUCUCGGCUUACUUUCAGUCUCUUCAUUGGCAUCUUCCAAUUGUACAUUUUCCGACAUUCGAUCCUGCAAUAAUCUCGAACCCUCUUCUCUUUGCAAUAUUCUUGGCUGGAGCAACAUAUGCUACCUCGCAAGAUGGCCCAGUAUUUGCAAGUAGAGUACUGGACGUAGCUGAGGAGUAUAUCUUCCGUCAGUUGGCUAAUCUAUCAUCAAACCCUCACCCUACCAGCGCUCCCUAUCUCCUACCUUCAGUGGAAGUUAUUCAGGGAGCUUUGAUCAUCGAGAUGCUUCAGUUUGGGCAGGGCGAAACGGGUACAAGACGACGCAUUCGCAUAAUUAGACAUCCAUGUGUCAUUUCCACGGUACGAUCGUUGGGAGUUCUUCAGUUCAAACGAAGUAUGACACCUGAUAUGUGUAACGAUGAGACAUGGAGAGCAAUGAUCGCCGAGGAAGUUUGUAUAAGAAUCGCCUGUUGGGCCUUCCUUGCAGACGGAUUUCUCACCGUUUGUUUCAACAAUCACCCUGCACUGUCGAUAUUCGAGAUGGACUGCCAAUUUCCCUGGAGCUCCGCUUUAUUUGAAGCUGAAAACGCAUCAUCUUUUAGCGAGAUCGCCGCUUCUUCUACGGCGGGGCGCCCGCUACCUUCGCUAAGGGAGUUCAUCACGCGCCUGCUCGAUGAAAAUGCUACGGCUGACUUGAUUCAAUGGAGUCGCUCACUAGUUGGCGAACACCUGUUGAUCCUGAUAUAUGCAAUGCACUCUCUCGCGUUUCAGGCGAGAACCGGCUUGUUCGGGUGGAUAUCCACGAACUCGAUCAAACGGGCCGCCGAAAAUUGGCGAAGCAUUUGGGACUCCGUCUCCAGCAUUGUGGGUAAAGAAGGGCUGCACCACUUAGGGUAUCCUAAGCAUGCUGAAGAGCUCUGGUGGCUAUUGACUGCUACGCUUGAUCGCGCCAGUGGGCGGAACGUGAACUUUCGAUACCUGGACAACGCCGCAACCGAUGACCUAGAAAGCUUGAAUAACUUCAUCCGGAAUAUUAAAGGUCCCAAUAGGACAUAG